CUCACUCCAGAGAACGGUACGUACCAAUUCAAUCAGUCGAGUCGCGAAGCUCCGUCGUGUGGUCGAGGCAUCGCGACGAGAGGCCGAGAACAAUCCCACGUUUCCCCAUUCCCACUCCGCUGCCUUUCAACAGUUAUUUCGAAUCGAUCUUGGUCGCAAUUAUAUUGCUGCUUCAUCUCAACCAGUUUUUCCUUUCGUUUUGGCGCGGCCGCCUUGGAAAUUGGGACUACGAGAUCCAGGUUCGCACUCCUGGAGUCCGCUCCACCACAACCACUUCUACCCACGGUAAAAAUAAGAGCGACAAGAAGAAGAAGGCGUUCAAUAUGAUUGUCGAGCGUAAGAUCAAGGUUGUCACCGAACAACACAACAUCGACAAGCCAGCCGUCAAUGAGGGCUUCCCCAUGAAGGAGUGGACCGUCGAGAUCUAUAUUCUCGACCAGGAUGGAAAGGAGAAACCGGCUCGUUGUUUCACCAAGGCCGUUUAUCACCUCCAUCCAUCGUUUGCCAAUCCGGUUCAGACGUUCAUGGAACCCCCCUUUAAAUGCACGAACGAAGGCUGGGGCGAGUUCGAGAUGUCGAUCGACCUCUUCACAACCGAGAAGGGCGGCAAGCAGACGAUUAUCCACGAUCUGAACUUCGCGGCUCCUCAGUACGAGAACAUUCACACCCUCACUUUCAAGAACCCGUCGCAGGCCCUGCAGGCGAUCCUGCGCGAGACUGGCCCCCUGCCCUCCGACGAGGAGCGCAAGGCUAAGAAGGCCGAUGGCGGAAAGAAGAGGAAGACUUUCGACAUCGAGAAGCUGGCCGACGGCCUUGUCAAGCUGGGUGAGGAUGACCUUCUGCAGGUCAUCCAGAUGAUUCACGAUCAUAAGGAUGACGCGACCUACACCCAGAACAACAUCGACGCGGGAGAGUUUUCGGUCGACCUGUACACCCUCCCUGAGUCGCUGGUGAAGAUGCUCUGGGACUACCUGGUCAAACAGGGCGUUUUGACGGCCUGAGAGCCGGGUAUCGCAUCUGCAUUCGGCGGCGUCUGGCGUCUAGGAAAGGUUGGGGUCGCGGGAAAAGCGGCUUGCUUGUAUGGGUCCGUACCAUCUCAACGGGGUGUCGGUUGGCAUUGCAGUCUCAGAUGAGGUAGCCUUUUGGCCUGGUCUAUACGAACCAAGAGUUUCGAGAUAUCAAUGACAGCCGUCUCGGGUGGCAUCGGUUGUUUGAGCUUUACCAUCUCGGCAACUGCCCGUCUCUCUUGGUAGGGUCUGUAGAUGGGAUGGUUUUCUGCCUUCGCAGCCUUGUCAAUAAUAGACACGGUUUCGUCUGAUACUUGCCUUUAAUCCAUCGCUUUUGGUGUGUGGUA